GGUCUGCUACACAGAGGACUCGGCAUCGUUAGCUCCUGUGGUAUCUGAAGGGGAGACCUGCUAAGCGGAGCAAUACUCGCCUGGCUGCAACGGUGGCUACGAUGAGCAGCGUCUGCCUUACUUUUCUUGUGCUCUUACUGUGUGGACUCCUCAGGGCGCAGCAGCAACUACUGCCUGGAUCCUGCAACUUUGACCAAGGCACCUGCGGCUACACAUCAGACCUAGACUAUGGCAACUGGAUCCUAAAUGAAGAAGGGCGUUUGAUAACAGUGGACUCGGCCCUCUUAAAAGAGCAGGAUCGGGCAGUUCUGGUCAGUCCAGUUCUGGAGCAGCGGGAAUGGAGCUGUCUAAGGUUAGUGCACCAGAUCACCGGUGGCGGUACCUUGACACUCCACUUCAGACCUGACAGUGAUAACUUUGACUACCAGCUGUGGACUACCAACAAAGUGUCUGAUAGCUGGCUCAUCGCAAGCGUGGACCUGCCCAAUACCACCAGCCCCUACCAGCUUUUGUUGGACGGCCAGCCUGAACGUGGCCUGGGCAACAGUGUGGCCAUCUUCGAAAUUCACAUAGUUCCUGGUUACUGCAUAGAAUGCAAUUUUGAGGAGCAUCACCUGUGUGGCUAUAGUAACAACUGGAACCCAAACGUCAACUGGUACGUCGGAGGGAGUCUGCCCAUAGACCCUCAGGCUAACCAGCUUGACAAUCACACCAGCAGCAGCCAGAGAGGCCAGUACAUGUAUGUGGACUCAGUGUACGCCAGACACUUCCAGGAAGUAGCCAAGCUGACCUCACCCAUGACCACAGUGCCCAUGGCCGGAUGCUUGUCCUUCUAUUACUUGCGGGACCAGGAAAGGGGAAACAUCUUCUCUGUUUUUACCAGAGAUCAGCUGGGCCACUAUGAGGAGAUCUGGAGGCCAGACGUGUAUGCCACCACCGGCUGGACACAUGUCAGCGUGGACAUCAAGGCCCCACACCCCCUGGAGGUGGUGUAUGAGGUUGCUUUUAACAGUGCCAGAGGUGGAUACGUGGCCAUAGAUGACAUCUCCUUUUCCCCUGAAUUCUGCCACACUGAGACAGAGCCAACCGUUGACCCCUCUAUCGCCAACUGUGACUUUGAGAGUGGAUUCUGUCGGUACUAUGAGGAGAGAGUGGACAGCAAGGCAUGGAGCAGAGUCUCAGUCAAGCCCAAUGCCUACAGAAUAGGAGACCAUACCACAGGAACAGGCUGUUUCCUCCUGGCAAACACCCGCUUCACCUCAAGGCCUGGUUAUAUGGGUCGUCUUCAUGGCCCCUUUUUACCAGGGAACCACAAAUACUGCUUGAGGUUCUACUACUUGCUUCAUGGCUUCAGGAAGGUAGACAACGCUCUCGUCCUUUAUAUUUAUGAUGAGAACAACGUGGCCCAGGAGAAGGUGUGGACCCUGGCUGACAAUUCCAGGGGUGUGUGGACUGAGGUGGAGAUCACCUACAUGAAGCCCAUGUCUUCCAAGGUAGUAUUUGUCAGCAUAUGUAAGAACUUCUGGGACUGCGGCCUGGUAGCCAUUGAUGACAUUACAGUCAGCCUGGGAGACUGUCAAAUCACAGCAGGGACUGCAGGCUCCCUCCCGGGUCAGUGUAACUUUGAAAGUGGAGACUGCGGCUACAUCCAGGACAAGGAGGAGGACAUAGCAGACUGGUUGCGAGUCCGAGGGCACACUCCCACCUCCUAUACAGGCCCAAGGGGAGACCACACCACUGGGGUGGGUUACUUCAUGUACAUUGAAGCCUCACUGAUGCGGCCAGGCCACAAAGCCCGGUUACUGACCACUGACCUGCGGGGCUCCUCCUCCCCUCAGUGUCUGGUCUUCUACUACCACAUGUAUGGAUCUGGCACUGGCAUACUGAGUGUGUUCCUGCGCCAAGGCAACCUGGAGCGGGACACGUUGCUAUGGAGACGGCGUGGCGAACAAGGUGUCAGCUGGAUGAGGGCGAUGGUGGACUACCACUGUGACAUCCGACAUCAGAUUAUAUUUGAAGCCAUCCGAGGACCAUCUUUAAGAAGCGAUAUGGCUAUUGACGAUAUUGGUUUUAUAAAAGGACCAUGUACAGAUCCUGGUGACGUCAUUCCAUACUCAGGAUUCUCAGAGUAUUUCAAUGAGAUUGAGUAAGACCGGCUGGAUGGAUUUGUGUCUGAUCUCAAGCUGGUUUGGGUUUGAAGUGUGUGAAUGUGAGCAGUCCAAGACAAUUGACUAAGGAGUAGAGCAAUACUUCUAUGCAAACAGGGCCUAGACAGCACUGCACUACUGACCCUUCUGUGUUUGCAGUAAUAAUCAUUUCAUACUCACUGUGUCUCUGAUCGCAGACAAAGCUGUUGUAACUGUCCCCGCUGAUGUUUCUAAGGUGAAUGUGAUGGGCACUGUUUUGGUGGUGUUUUCUGUGCAUAGCCCCAGCUGGACACCUUGUGGCAACAGCAUGGAACUGCACAAAUGUACAUGCAUCUGUGAAAGAUUAAGGCUCAGAUUCUAUCGCAUUACAAGUCAGGUACCUCCAUCCUUCAGCCAAGACAUGAAACAUUUUUGUGUUCUGAUUUUUGCCGCACGGGUUUGUACUUCCAAGUUGGGGCAGUGUUGGGGAGAGUUAAUAGAAUUAAGUAAAAAUAAAUCAACCCUCUUUCACAUCUGUCCAAUGGGUUGCUGUAUUUCGAACAUCAACGGAUCAUACCUGUGAUUUUGCAUGUUAAAAUACUUAUAAAAUGUAUGCACUUCACAUUUCUGCUCUU